GAUGCUUAACGACUGAGCCACGCAGGUGCCCCGAGGAUGCACUUUCUAAGGCAGUGCUUAGUGUCAGGAUGCAUGCCCUCCAUGGUCUCCCUCAGUCUGAGACCAGCCUGCAGUGUUGGCACGAUGGGGUGUGUGCCUCUCCCACCCCUCCCCCGCUGGCCCACAGUGGAACCGUCUUCUUGGGUUUCUGGUAAUUUCAUCAGGGCUGCAUCAUGUUGCUAAAGCUGCAGAUAACAUCUCCUUGUGGGUAACUCUUCCCUGAAAGAGCCCCUGAGGCUGGACCCAGGCUCAGAGUUGGAACAAUGCGGUGGAAGUUUGGGGGGGUCUGAGGGUCUGUAGGUAGAAGCAGGUUGGCUGGGAUCUGGAACUGUGUUGAGGAACAAUGCCAUUUGCCACUGGACCCCAUGGCAAGGCGAAGGGGGCAGGUGGGCCUGGAGAGGCCCCUGAGCUCCUGGAGCUCUUGGAUAUUAUGCUGACUCCUGAGAGCUCCGCCUAGCUCCACUGACAAACCCCCAUCCAGGCACGGGCACGGAGACCCACCCCAUCCUAGGCCAGGCAGAGCGACUGUCCCCCAGCACAGGUCCACCUUAACUGGGCAGCCCUGUGGGCGGAGCUCAUUGUUGAUGCCGUCUGUGCAGACCUGAGCGCAGGACCGACUUGCAGGAAGCACACGCAGCUUCCCGCCUGCUGACCCGGUUCCUCACGCUGCAUCUGCAGCCCAGCACCAUGAUCCAGGGUGCCUCGGAGCCUGAUGGCCUCAGCUGGGGCUGGGACGGGGAGGAUGACUGGGACGGCGCUGUCCUGACCCUGCUGGCGCUGGCUGUGGUGGCCGCCACGGGACUGGCCUUGCACUGGUUUGGCUCUGGGCAGGACCAGGAGGCAGCAGCACCCGCAUCCACAGCCCCUGGGGCCCAGCCUUCACAGGCGGGAGGAGCCAGGCCCGCCCUGCCCCUGAAGUCCAAGGUCAGUGAUGGUGUUGAGGGAAGCAGCCCAGGGCAGGGGAAGCCAGACCCUCCGGGACGUGGCCAGGGGAGUCCGGCUGCAGCAGGGGCCCAGGAUCCGAAGCUCCGGGGAGGUGGCCGUCUGGCUGCCACAGCUCUACCUCCACUCAAGACAGCUGGUGAGGUGACCACUGGAGGGGCCUUGGGACAGCAGCAAGGUAAUGCCAAGCCAGAAGCCCCCCGAGGCAAAAGAAGGGAGCCUCUCGGGCCAGGUACUGCCCUCAUGGGUAGAAGCAAAGUGGGGGGGACGUCUGGCCCCCUCCUGAUACACUUCACCCCUCGGAGUCCUGGCAGACAGAUGGAAGGACAAGUGAAGGCAGGAGGCGUCCAAGUCAAGGUGCCAACUCACCAGGGCCUGAUCCACACCACAGAACAGGACACCAGUCCCUGGCAACGAGGUGUAGGGUCACCUGGCUCACUAGAGAGAGGCCCCAGCAGCCGGCGGUGGCAGGUGGACCACAGCUCAGGAGAUAGAAACCGCCACUUCCCGAGGUUGGACUCCCUGCGCCUGGGCGCUGUGGUGAGCGUGUGGGAUGCUGUGGAUGCAGGCAGCAGCCUCUCCACAGGCUCUCAGAGGCCCCCUGUUCCCCAGGAGCCACCUCCAUCACACACCACGCAGACUGGGCCCUUGGCUGAGGGCACAGAGAAGGGGUGCAGGGAGAGCAGCCUCCAACCAGCCCCAGUCCUAGCUCUGGAAAGCAGGGAGCCUGGGUCCCAGGCUCCCAGGGAGGCUCAGGGAUCUCCAGCCUCCGUGGAAGGCUGGCCCUGGGAGAGGAGGGAUUUUCUUGUCACCAGGAGCUUCAGCCAGGCCCCAGGCUCCAUGGGCCCAUGGCCAGAGGGGUCGCAGUGUGGACACCCACUCUUGUCUCAAGGGCGGGGGACCACAGACGCCAACGACGCAGUAAAGGCUGGGGCUAAUGGCUCUGGAGAUGGCUCUUUCUUCAGCUCAGGGCCCGGCGGGACAGAGGAGCAAGCGGGCCACGGCGUCAGAGAAGGGAGAGAAUCCCAGCAAGGCCAGGGGGAGCAGAGCAGUGAGCAGGAGGGAGGCCUUCAGGACAGAGGAAAGCCCUCUACAGACACUGUCCAGGGAGCCCCCUCCUUGAGUCCCUUAGCCACACCCUCUCCAUGCUUCCCUAAGCCCCUUCCACUCUUGGCUUCCCCUCUGACAGUACGUCCCCAAGGAGGUCUCUUACCUGUAGGCCCAACCUCCUCGCCUUCAGACUCUUUGUCCCUCAGAGUUAGCCAGGGUCCUGUGGAGGAUGAAACUCACAGGCCAGUGCAAGCCCCAGCUGCAGCCCCAGCCCCAGCCCCGUCCCCUGCCCUAGCCUCAACCCCAGCCCCAGCCCCAGCCCUAGUGUCAGCCCCAGCGCCAUCCUCAGCUGCAGCCCCAGCCCUGUCCCCUGCCCCCAGUAAUGGGUCAAGGCCUACGGCACAGGACCACAGUGCGGCUUUCCGCAAGGACAAGCAGGAAGGGCAAAUCUCAACCAGCUGGGAAAAUCUUAUUUCCAUGGUUCUUAGGAGUCACCCUUUCCCCAGGCAAGAGAGACCCCAAGGGAGAGCCCCAAGGGCAGCUCCCCAGAGCCCUAGAGAUCCCAGCACUGGUGCACCCUCUGAGAACAGAGAGUCUGGUUCUGCCCCUGAAGGGGCCGCCCCCAGCCUGGAGGUCAGGAAUGGCUCCUCAGGGGCAGACACAGAGGCUGGACGUCGGCAACAGCAGAGCCACUUGGAGACCAAGGAGGCUCCCAUCCCAGAGCCUCCCUCAGGUCCGAGAGGAGAUGCAGUCGAGGAGAAGCGUGCAGAAGACCCUCUGUUGCCCGGAGCUGCAAUGCCCGGGGCCCCAUCACCGCGCCCUGAGCGGAGGCAGUCUGGCCCCCAACCCUCCCCCACUGGGAGGGGCGCCUCACAGCCGGUCCCGCCACCGCGGAAUCGCAGCGCGUGUGAAAGAGCAGAGAGCUCCGAGCGCGGUGUCCGCCAGGCUGCGUCCGCGAGGCGCCGGGGAGAGGCUCCGGGGGAGAAGCCCCGCCCUGCAGGCAGCGGGAUAGUCGUCCCGGGAAAGCAGAAAGAGGCCCGCAAGCUCAUGGUGCUUCUGCAGAGGCCGGGGCGCUGGGGGGAGGGGGAGGGGCCCCGGAAGCCCAGCCCCCUAGCCCGCGAGCCGGCUUCGGCAGCAGCUCUACGACAACGCCCGGACCUGGGCAACUGCCUGGACGUCCUGGCCUUCGCCCAGCGGCACGCGGAGCCCGGCCUGCUGCGGGAGACAUACGCCUUGAUGAGCGACAAUCUGCUGCACGUGCUGGGAGACCCGCACCUCUACCGGCAGCUGAGCGGGGCGGACCGGGAGCGCAUCCUGAGCCUUCGGACUGGCCGGGGCCAGGCGGUGCUGGGGGUCCUUGUGCUGCCCAGCCUCUACCGGGUGAGCCGCUCAGGGCUCACCAGGGGCCCUUGUGGGGAGGAGGCUCCUACUCCGGGGCCUGCACCCCUGCCUCCGCGCACGCACCUGCACGUGUUCAACCCCCGAGAAAACACCUGGCGGCCCCUGACUCAGGUGCCGGAGGAGGCCCCGCUGCGGGGCUGUGGUCUCUGCACCAUGCACAACUACCUGUUCCUGGCCGGGGGCAUCCGUGGCUCCGGUGCCAAGGCCGUCUGCUCCAACGAGGUCUUCUGCUACAACCCGCUGACCAACAUCUGGAGCCAGGUGAGGCCCAUGCAGCAGGCCCGGGCCCAGCUCAAGCUGGUGGCUCUGGACGGGCUGCUUUACGCCAUCGGUGGCGAGUGCCUGUACAGCAUGGAGAGCUACGAUCCGCGCACGGACGCCUGGACCUCGCGCGCGCCCCUCCCUGCAGGCACCUUCCCUGUGGCCCACGAGGCUGUGGCCUGCCGUGGGGACAUCUAUGUCACUGGGGGCCACCUCUUCUACCGCUUGCUGAGGUACAGCCCUGGGAAGGAUGCAUGGGAUGAGUGCCCCUACAGCGCCAGCCACCGGCGUUCCAGCGACAUGGUGGCGUUGGGAGCCUUCCUCUACCGCUUCGACCUGCUGCGGGGCGUGGGCGCUGCGGUGAUGCGCUACAACACGGUGACCGGCUCCUGGAGCCGGGCGGCCUCCUUGCCACUGCCCGACCCGGCCCCACUGCACUGCACCGCGCUGGGCAACACCAUUUACUGCCUCAACCACCAGGUCACGGCCACCUUUACGGUCUCCGAGGGGACUGCCCAGUUCCAGGCCAGGGAGCUGCAGCCCUUUGCUCUGGGGAGUAAGGGCGUCCUCUGUCCAUUCAUCCUGACUCUGCCUGCCACCGACCCCCUGCAGACUGCCCUCUGAGCUGCUCUCCAGGGAGACCCUGGGGCUGGGGGUCUGCUGGCAGGUGGGGCACAGAAGGUGGCUGGGAUCCAGAACUUUCUGCCAUUGUUUCUGGGACAGCUUUCUUUUUCUGUUUUAAUAAGACUCAUGAUUUCCCCCUUCCAUACCCCCCAGCCCUUAAAAGAGACCUCUCCCCCUGGGAGCUCAGGCUCCUUGUACCUACCUGUGAGCUGGUUUUGGGCCAUCCCUACCCCGUUUCCCAGCCUCCCACCACAGAAUGCUGUCUACUGCCUUUAUGACUUAGUUGUUGCCCUCACACCUCAGCUGGCUCACAAAGCCCCUCCUCCAGGAUGGUUCUCCUCUGGGCUCCAGGGCCAGGCUCCCUCUGGCAGCACCGCACUGCCUGGAAAAACAUCUGUCUGUGGGUCUACUGGUACUCUGAGAGCCAGGGACUGAUGAUGUGUCCUUAAGGACCAGGAUUUGGCCUGUGGAGGAGCUGAGUGACUGCUGAGCAGAGGAAGGAGGUGGCUAGAAACAAGUCACACUUCCUGUCUUUUGUCCCUAGGGCUCCAAGCUGGGCAAGGAGUCUAUAAGGAAGUGGGAAGGGGGAACAAGGAACAGAAAAGUCCCCAGGAAAAUGUCUUUGCCUCAGGCCUCGGGAGCCUGGCUUGGCCUUGGGAACAACUCUGUAGCCCUCCUUUGUCUGAUCCCAGAGGCCUAGAACCCUUGUCUAUGAAACCAUUCUGCUGUCUGCAGCCCCUGACUGUAACCCCAGCCCAGGCCUGGCCAGGACCACUUGGGCUCAUGCCCCUCUGUGGGGUCUCUCCCACCUGCUCUGCCCCUCUAGAAGCCAGCCUCACUUCCCACCAAUGCCUGUUCUUACGUGAGACCCAGGUUUCCCCUGAGCUCUUUCCCUUAUUAGCUGUGGACUUAGAAGAGACAUCUAAUUUCAUUCUUCUCAUCUGUGCAAUGGGGACAAUGAACAUCUGUUACUCAGGAGAGUUGUGAGAACAUAAGGUCACAUAUGUGAGCACCUAGCACAGUGCCCAGGAUGAAUAAACAAUGUUCCCCUUUGCCUAUUUUGGAAUCCACCAUAGGAAGGUAAAUAAAUCUGACUGAAUACUGCUA